CUCACGCCCGCAAACACUCCCGCACUAAACUAUCUUUCUCCCCCAUUCACACACAAAUUUUUGCAGACUAAAAUCUAGCAGGAAAAUUCAAGAUUUUUGAGAGGGACCCAAGUUUUAUUUUCCUUUAUCCUUGCAGAGCAUUGGACAACAUCUUCUGUUAACCAGAGCUGAGGAGGAAAUCAACAUGCCGUGGGCGUUUUCAUCUCUCAAUUAUUGUGGGAAGUGUGUGCGCUUGGUUGUGUUCUUUCGCGUGAUUCUGUAAUUUAUUCUUUGGUUUAUCUCUCAAAGUCAUUAUUUUGCUCUUGGCUUUUUGCUGCGUUCAGUUGUACUGAGAAUGUACAUUGCUGUCGGUACUGAGAAAUAUCAAGCUGCAAAGGAAGUUGGAAAGACUAAAAUGAGUGUCAGGAAUAUUGUUAACUGCCAAUUGAUGCAAGUUUGUCAGGCUGAAUACUUCCGUCAAUUGCUUAAACCUGUGACGUAGCUGGUGUGGUAGAGGCCUUUGGAUACUGGGACGGGUGGCUUCUUUCUGUCUUUUGUCAUAUAAAAUUGAAAAGGAAGUUUCCAAGUAUUUGGUGUUCUGAUUGUUCCAGACCGCAACUUCAGCUGUGAUGGAAACACCUUAGGUUUACUUUUUAGUUUCCUUGUACUUUUGGGACCUGCAUACUUGUCUAUUGGAACACAUUUGCAUUUUACAAGAUUUCUCAUGCAGAAAAACCAACAACUUUUCCCUAGAAAACCUUUCCUCAGUCCUGCAAAUGAAGCAGGUGGCUACAUGCUUAGUGCCCCUAUAUCAUCUGUCUUUGGUGAAACCAUUUGUCCGCCUGGUGCGACAGGUCUGUGGCCUUUACAUGAUGUUGAAUUUCGGCCCUCUGAAACCUGCCCCAGGAAUUUCAUUAUCUUUGACCAAACUGAUAACAGAAGUCAAAUCAUGCUCCACCCAGCUACUGGAUCCAGAUUCUGUUAUCCUGGUUCAAACACAUGGGCUGCUCCCUCUGAAUACAAGGCUGUCAAGUUUGCAGACAAUGAGCAUAGAGAAGUUACUUCUCUGAAGGAAGAUUCAGAUGAUAUCAAUGCAUUAUUGAGCUCAGAUGAUGAACAUGAAGAAUGUGAUGAUGACGAGUUGAGUACAGCACGCGCAAAUGUCUACUGUGGAAGCAAUUCUCCUGAUUCAUGCUCUAAUUAUGAUUCUCCUCCCAGAAAAACGAGGAUAACUUCUUCAAGGAAGACAUCUGGAGAUGUCAGUAGCUGCACUGGAAGAAAACGUCAGAGAAUGAGGAAAAUGGUCAAGGCAUUACGAGGAAUUGUACCUGGUGCCCACCAGAUGGAUACUGUAGCAGUUCUCGAUGAAGCUGUUAGGUACCUUAAGUCUCUCAAGGUAGAAGUACAGAAGCUUGGAGUUGGGAAAUUGAAGAGCUACACUUGAAAAAAGUCUGCGUGUACUUCUAAUGACCGUAAUGCCUCAUUUGCUUUUUAUCAUUUUUCAGUCUCUAAUUUUAUCCUCCAAUAAGAGAAUAACGCAGCCUUAGACUUGCUUAUGUUAUGGGAUUGUCUUGAGCUUCCUUGUAUAGUUCUUCUGCCAAUUUGUACGAGUUGCAAGCCAUUGGUUCUGUGACUUGGUACUUGAAUGUAUCUCUGCUUAUUUUGCACAUGUGGAGGACAAUAGAUGCUGUUUAAUUUAGCUUAAUCUCUUCGAUUU